AUGCCUAACUCAAGUGAGCAGUCGCAUUUUGGUGGCUCUGUGGGCCAGUGUGGUCCUGAGUGGACUGAAGGCCAGAACGACAGGUCUGCAAGCCGCUGUCACUACUGUGGCACCAUUGCGGGGCGUAGGAAUUCUUUGUCACUGGAUGGGGGAGACGGUGGAGUGUGGUUUCACCAUCAACUAGAUCUUGGUAAGAAACAGGAUCCAGUCCUCCAGCCUUUCCUAUACAGGCAGAUCCCGCAGGACCGGCAUGUACAGCAGCUACUAAGGAAGACCUCUGUGCCUGAUCUAAGCAGCAGCCUCUACCUCAGGCAAGUUAUGGCAGGCCGGGCCUCUGCACCACCACAGGAUUACUACCUGGCUGAUGCUACCUUAUCUGCUCAGCCACUUGAAGAGUCUGGGUUUUAUAGGGAUAACCAGGACCUGCUCACCAGAUCAGCCUUGCAUUAUGGGCCCAGCAUUGGGGGGGUGAGGCCUACCUGGGAUCAAGGACAGGCAAGGGCCACACCUUCCGGGCUGGCCUCUGCUUCUACACCUAACCCCGCGCCUCCUCCUCCUCCACCUCCUCCGCCACCUCCUCCGCCACCUCCUCCCCCUCCCGUUCAUGAGCUGAGCCGUUUGUACAGGGAAACUCUGGGAUCUAAGAUGAUCCCAGACGUCCAGCGUAUUGGUGGCAGCUCUCUUUCUCCUGCAGUCUACGGGGUUCAUCCCCCUAUUUACGCUGCUGAGCCACAUUCUCUUUCUGCGCGCCAAGCUUAUAACAAUUUUAACAGCUUUCCUCUGGACCCUCGCCAGCCAGCUGCCACCAGUUCAGUGGUGGAUCCAGCUUCUCAGGGAAUGGACGGAGCUCUCCCUCGAGCCUAUGGAGCUAUACCCUCCCAGAGGCUGCCUUAUGACCCAAACUAUGACCCCAGCUCUGCCAUGGUGGCUGCCACAGCUGGAAUGACCUCCAACCUACCUCCUCAUCAUCCCAGUGCUGCAGACCCCAAGAAGAUGGUGGACCCUGCCUUCUUGGCUUUCUUGCGAUCUGAAGGCUUGGCUGAGAGCACUAUCACUCUCCUGCUGCAACAUGGAUUUGAUUCCACUGGCACGCUGGGAAUGAUGGAGGACCAUGAUGUCCGCUCCGUGGCCCCUAACUUGGCCCAGGCCCGGGUUCUGUCACGUGUGGUGCUUGGUUGUAAGGGAAGCGGGCCGUUAACACGUACGCGAUCCAACAGCUUCAGCCACCGCAACGACCUAUACAUGCAGCCCCAGGGUUUGACCAUGGACCCCAGCCUGAUGCAGCAACCUCCCACCACCUAUCAGACCGUUUCCCCCAGGAUGGGAGAGUUUCUUGGUAGAAGACCCAGCAGCGCACCUUCUCAACACCUCCUGGAGACCACCACCUACCCAGGAGCACGGCCCCUGGCAACUGGAACUUUCCCAGUCAGCCCUGGAGGAUAUAGCAAUGCUACGACUCAAGGAAGACCUCUUUCCCUGUACAAUGCCCACUCUGGUCUUGCCAUGUCUGCUCUUGGACAACAGCCUCUACCAGCUCCAGGCACCCCUGGAGCAGCGCCCAAAACAUUCUCUGGCUCUUAUUCCCCAAUGGAACUGAUGAAGAGGGCCCCCAACCUCCCCCCAGCGUCGCCAGUAGGAGCACCAAGCCCCAUGCACAGCCCCCAACUUCUCCGGAAAGGGAUCAAUGCUGCUGCCGAGAGUACCAUUGUUCCCGUCACUUCUUCUUCCACUCUUCAAGUGCAAAACCUUAACAACAGCAAGAUGGUUGGACGUCGUACUGGUCCACCUGUCAUAGUCUCAACCAUGACUACCACACCUGACACAAGUAUUCGGCCCCAAAUCAUGAACGGGCCAAUGCAUCCACGCCCCCUGGUGGCGCUGCUGGAUGGGCGCGACUGCACUGUGGAGAUGCCCAUCCUGAAAGACUUGGCUACUGUCGCCUUCUGCGACGCUCAGUCCACACAGGAGAUACACGAGAAGGUGCUCAAUGAGGCAGUGGGGGCCAUGAUGUACCACACCAUAACCCUGACCAGAGAGGACCUGGAAAAGUUCAAAGCUCUACGCAUCAUCAUCCGCAUCGGCAGCGGCUACGACAACAUCGACAUCAAGGCUGCUGGAGAGCUGGGCAUCGCUGUGUGUAACAUCCCCUCAGCAGCUGUGGAGGAGACAGCAGACUCCACCCUGUGCCACAUCCUCAACCUUUACCGGCGAAACACCUGGCUCUACCAGGCUCUCCGGGAGGGCACGCGGGUCCAGAGCGUGGAGCAGAUCCGCGAGGUGGCAUCAGGCGCUGCCCGCAUCCGUGGCGAAACCCUAGGCCUCAUCGGCUUCGUGCGGGAGAUGGAUUUUUCUGAGAGCAUUAUGCGUCAGGGUGCGUUCCUGGUCAAUACCGCGCGGGGAGGCCUGGUGGAUGAGAAGGCCCUGGCCCAGGCAUUGAAGGAGGGCAGGAUACGUGGAGCCGCCUUGGACGUUCACGAGACGGAGCCCUUCACUUUUGCUCAGGGCCCGCUGAAAGACGCUCCGAACCUGAUCUGCACACCGCACACAGCCUGGUACAGUGAGCAGGCCUCUCUGGAGAUGAGGGAGGCGGCCGCCACCGAGAUCCGAAGAGCCAUCACCGGCCGUAUCCCAGACAGCCUAAGAAACUGCGUCAACAAGGAGUUCUUCGUCACCACGGCACCAUGGGCGGUUAUGGAUCAACCGGGCGUUCACCCUGAGCUCAACGGCGCCGCCUACAGAUACCCGCCGGGUGUAGUUGGAGUGGCUCCGGGUGGCAUUCCGGGGGCGUUAGAGGGCAUGGUGCCAGGUGGGGUGCCCAUCGCCCACACCCUGCCCUCUGGUACACACCCCUCCCAGGCCCCGUCGCCCAACCAGCCCUCCAAACACGGCGAGACCAGAGAGCACCUCACCGAGCAAUAGCAGCAGAAGGGAUACGAACAGCAACAUCUCAUCUCGACCCGUCGACACUCAGAACCAACCAAUCACAAAGCAACCGACCAACUGGGACCAAGAGACAGUGAAACAACACAAGCGGCUGCCUGUUCAAUCAGUCAGCAACUGGGAACAAAAGGAGUGUUCCGGGGGAAUUUGUACUUUUAACGUUAUAGUUUUUACUCUCUGUCUCUUUGGGCUCAGUACCGACUUUACUCUUUGAUGAUUUUUUUGUUUUGUUUUUUCUUCUUCGGGACAUGCCUAUGAUUGUGGACACAGAGUCCAGUGUUUUUAGUGCUCCGGGAUUACCCGAUGAGACUCUGUCCAGCCCCCCCAACUUACAACUCAGAGCUCAUGGGAAACGUAGGCCCACAUCUCAACCCACCAACGGGCGAACAAGAGAAAAAACUUUGGCAACAUGUGCUACUGGACCUUACCCUCCCCACCCAAACUCCCUCCUGACCCCCUCCCCCUGCCUCUCCUCCACCCAGCUCCAACCCUCCUUAUGUAACUAAUGUGUGUUGUUUAGGCCCCUCAUUAUGCCUCAGAAGAGAAUUAUUAAUUUUUUCUUUCGAUCUUUAGUGUGAAUGAACUAAAAUGGAUUAUUGACUUAUAUAUAUUUAUCAUUCGUCAAAUAAAAAGGAAAAGAUUGCUCAUCAGUUAUAGUAAUCUUGAGUGGGUUUUAACCCUUUCCUGGCAAUAAUACAUUCAGUAUGACGGCUGUCACAGUUGCAGUUACAGGAUUUCGCCACAUGAGGGCACUUCUACACAGUGUGAGGGAUUUCUUCUGCCGCCUGUGACCAUUGGAAACCACAAGUUGCUCCAAUAUAUUUUGAGUGAUUAUUUUUGUAAGCUGUCAGCAGUAAACACUACACAAACAUUCACUUUAUACAUUGAUUGUAGCUGAAUUUUGAAGUUAUAUGGAUUUAGAGGGAGCUGCCAGCUAAAUAUUGAACUUUUUCUCUUUAGUUAUUACGAGUUGGUGAUGUGUCCGUGUGACUGUGAUAUGUGAAGAAGGAAACAUUUUUUAUAAUCAUAAAAAAAAAAUAAUGAUAAUGAAGUUUGUGUGACUGCAUCCGACUCUUCUGUUGACAUUUUCUGAUGACAGCCAAUGGACGACCGAUCUCAUCUUGGUGGCAGCAGCGUACAGAUUGUGACCCCCUCCCCCUUCGCUUCUUUGAGCACAUUUCACACUGAAGACAGGAAAGGGUUAAAGCAAACUUCAUUUCUUAAUGACUCAGGAAAACACUUUUUUGCAGAUAUUGUUUAUUCCCAGAAUUUUGUCUUUGAGAAAAAAAGAAAAAAAAGAUAAGACUAAUAUCUGGUUAGUCUGGAUAUUUUCUCCUCCCUCAUCCUCUCCAUUGUGGUAUUUUUAUAUACAAGGCGCAUCCCACGUUUUUUGGUGUUAAAGAGUUUUGAAGAGUCCUGUUAGAUUUGUAUUGCCUAGUUAAAUGUUCCUAUAACCAUAGUCCUAUGUGAUCCACCCUCUCUCUUCUCUCCUUCUUAUAUUUUCUUUGUUCUAUUGAAGGCCAGGUUCUUUGGGGCAUCCUGUACUCUGUAAGAGCAAUAGCAGAAACUCCUACUUAGUGUCCCAACAAUAGCAGAAGAGGCAGCCAGCAGUAUGUUUUUGUUUUUAGUGUGAGUAUUUGUAUUUGUUUCUUGUACAAGGUGAACAUUUAGCAUUCAGUGCAGUUCAAAUAAAAGAUACGAUUCUGAGAA